CAUGUUGACCCCGGCUGACCCCAUGCUGACCCCACGGUGACCCCAUGUUGACCUCGGCUGACCCCACGGUGACCCCAUGCUGACCCCAUGCUGACCCCGUGGUGACCCUGUGUUGACCCCGGCUGACCCCAUGGUGACCCCGCGGUGACCCCUGCCCCUCCUUGUGCUUAGCGUGAAGAACUUCAUCCUGGCUGCGGACGUGAUGAAGAGCAUCUCCCUGCUGCGCUACCAGGAGGAGAGCAAGACCCUGUCACUCGUCAGCAGGGACGCCAAGCCGCUGGAGGUGUACAGCGUGGACUUCAUGGUGGACAGCACCCAGCUGGGCUUCCUGGUGUCCGACCGCGACCGCAACCUCCUGGUGUACAUGUACCUGCCCGAGGGUGAGUGCGCGUCACCGUCACUGUCACCGUCACCGCGGAGGGGUGACACCGUGGGGGGGUGACAUUGUGGGGGGAUGACGUUGUGGAGGUGACAAUGGGGAGAGGUGACAUUGUGGGGGGGUGACAUUGUGGGGUGACAAUCUAGAGAGGUGAUACCGUGGGGGGGGUGACGUUGUGGAGGUGACAAUGUGGAGAGGUGACAUUGUGGGCGGUGACGUUGUGGAGGUGACAGUGUGGAGAGGUGGCACUGUGGGGGGUGACGUUGUGGAUGUGACAUUGUGGAGAGGUGACACCGUGGGGGGGUGACAUUGGGGGGGGUGACGUUGUGGAGGUGACAAUGGGGAGAGGUGACAUUGUGGGGGGUGACAUUGUGGAUGUGACCUUGUGGAGAGAGGUGACACCGUGGGGGGUGACAUUGUGGGGGGUGACGUUGUGGAGGUGACAAUGUGGAGAGGUGACACCGUGGGGGGGUGACGUUGUGGGGGGUGACAUUGUGGAGGUGACAAUGUGGGGAGGUGACACCGUGGUGGGUGACAUUGUGGAUGUGACAUUGUGGAGAGGUGACACCAUGGGGGGGUGACAUUGUGGAGGUGACAGUGUGGAGAGGUGACAUUGUGGGGGGUGACAUUGUGGAUGUGACAUUGUGGAGAGGUGACACCGUGGGGGGGUGACAUUGGGGGGGGUGACGUUGUGGAGGUGACAAUGUGGGGAGGUGACACCGUGGAGAGGUGACAUUGUGGAUGUGACAAUGUGGAGAGGUGACAAUGGAGAGAGGUGACAUUGUGGGGGGUGACGUUGUGGGGUGACAUUGUGGAGGUGACAAUGGAGAGAGGUGACACCGUGGUGGGUGACAUUGUGGAGGUGGCAGGUGACACCGUGGGGGGUGACAUUGUGGAGGUGACAAUGUGGAGAGGUGUCACCGUGGGGGGAUUACGUUGUGGGGGGUGACAUUGUGGAGGUGACAAUGGAGAGAGGUGACACCGUGGUGGGUGACAUUGUGGAGGUGGCAGAGAGGUGACACCGUGG